GAGUCUCGCGAGGGCUGCUUGAGAAGUCCCUACGGAAGCUGCGGAACGCGGGUUUCGGCCGCGGGAACUGACUGGGCGUUUCUGUUCCCGGCGUCUCGCCGCAGGAGCUAAUAUAUAUUGAAGACAAUGUCUGGAAGCUUCUACUUUGUCAUUGUUGGUCACCAUGAUAAUCCAGUUUUUGAAAUGGAGUUUUUGCCAGCUGGAAAAGCAGAAUCCAAAGAUGAUCACCGCCAUCUGAACCAGUUCAUAGCUCACGCGGCUCUCGACCUCGUAGAUGAGAACAUGUGGCUGUCAAACAACAUGUACUUGAAGACGGUGGACAAGUUCAAUGAGUGGUUUGUUUCAGCAUUCGUCACUGCGGGUCAUAUGAGAUUUAUUAUGCUGCAUGACAUCAGGCAAGAAGACGGGAUAAAGAACUUCUUUACUGAUGUCUAUGAUUUAUAUAUAAAGUUUGCAAUGAAUCCAUUUUAUGAACCCAAUUCUCCUAUUCGAUCAAGCGCAUUUGACAGAAAAGUUCAGUUCCUUGGGAAGAAACACCUUUUAAGCUGAAUGCAAAAAAUUCAGAAGUAAACAGUGUCACUACAAUGGGGUGUACUCAGGAAUGUGUACAUUGUAAGUAACUUGAUUAAACAGCAUGGAAAAAUUUUAGUUGUAGUCUCAAUUUAUCUCAACCUAAUGAAAUUGCUUUUAUAUUUAAAAAUAGCAUAUUCAGUUUCUUAUGAUUAUCAACAGAUUGUUAUUUGCUUGUGAACAGUGUUAUUUAUGAAGAGCUCUUUAUCAGUAAGCUUGAAGUAUUUUUAUUUUAAAAAUUGAGAAUAAGCUUUGACUUUCCUCAUUCAGAUAGCUUGAUCUUGUUGUAACGGUCCAGAACCAAAUGUCAUGGUCAAGAUUUGGUAGGCAGAUUUAAACCCAAAAGCUUCUGCAGUAGGGAAUGAAGUUGAUAGCACAUACAUGGGUUCAUCUAUACAUCUAGAGAUGUUAUGAAAAGGUAUAGGUAGUAUACACAGUAGUAUAUGUACACUAAGAAGCCAAGAAGCCAGAACAGACAGCUUUGCAGUGCCAAAUGCCACAGGUCUGCCCCUGUCGGAGACUAGGAACAGUGAUCCUGCUGUAAUCCUAGAAUCCUGGAUCCAUGUUUGUCAAGUGGGAGGCUAGGACCAAAGUGACAGGUUAUGUUCUUAUGUUUCCUUUCCCUCAGACAGUAAACUAAAGAUUAAGUGAACCCGUUGAUAGCUGUACUAGUAAACAGUUGUAAGGCAGUUUUAGAAUUGUAAACAAAGAAAAGCUUGCAUCACAGUAACACUUGCCCUCUUGGCCAUCUUGGCCACUUAGGCUGUAUACCGGAGGGGGCAGGAGUGGCCUCUUUUUUGUACUGUAAGAGCGUGGGAUCUUACAGUAAACCAGUAAAUGUCCAUUGAAAAGCAAGUAAUAUAACCGCGUAUUUUCUGUGCUAAUUGUGAGCACCUGAAGAAUUUUGUUCCAUUCUGGAUAACCUGAGCAAGUAAUUCUAAGUUUGGUCCUGUAUCUUUGUGUGAAGUUGCUAGCAUAAUUUUUUACCAUAUUUAUUUGAUUUCCUAAAUAAAGAUGUUUGUCCAA